CCAGCUUCAUCCUCUCUAGGCACAUGGCAGGCUGGCUUGCUGGGAUUUGUUCCUAUGCUAACCCAAGGAUCUAUGAUCAAGGGUGAUGGCUCACACAAACAAGGGUGGUGAGAAGAAGAAGGGCUGUUCUGCCAUCAACAAGGUGGUGACCCAAAAAUACACCAUCAACAUUCGUAACAUUCACAAGCACAUCAAUGGAGUGGGCUUCAAAGAAAUCCAGAAAUUUGCCAUGAAGGAGAUGGAGACUCUAGUUGUGCACAUUGAUACUGGGCUCAAUAAAGCCAUCUGGGCCAAAGGAAUAAGGAAUGUUCCAUACCAUAUCCAUGUAAGUUUGUCCAGAAAACCUAAUGAGGAUGUGGACUCACCAAACAAGCUCUACACAUUGGUAACUUACUUACCUGUUACCACAUUUAAAAAUCUACAGACAGUCAAUGUGGAUGAGAACUAA